GGACGAAGGCAGAGCAGACAUAGCCGCCGCUGAGCUUCGCCUUUCCCAAAUCGAAAUUGAGAACGAGGAUCUCCCAACUCGGAAGCAAUGGCCGCCGGUCAUGCCAAGCAGUGGACAAGCAUAGCACGAGGCCGCCGAUGCCGGUGAAUCCCCUCGAACGUGCUCCACAGGCACUCACCAUCUCAACUUCUCAAGUCCACAGAGGUGAAAUUCGUCAUCUCUUAAUUGGUGCAUCAGAUCUGCGAGUUGGAACUCAGGAUGCCGCCGUCGAGAUCUAGAAAGCGCACUUCGGCGCCGCCGGCCACGACUGCGCGCGCAAGGAGGUGCCGCCGGCCUGCGGCGGUGCCAUUGGACGAUGUCGCUGGCGCAGUGGCGCCCCCGUUUUCUUCCCCCCUCUGGGCGUCGCUCUCAGAGGAUUUGGUUUGCGAGAUAGCCUGGAGAGUGCUCUCGGGCGAUAUUCUGGACUACGUGCGCUUUCGCGCCGUUUGCACCAGCUGGCGGUCUGGCACCGUCUGCCCGCGGGGCCGCGGCGUCGCCGAUCCGCGCUUCUACCCGCGCCGCUGGAUGAUGCUGCCGGAGGGCCAUGGCCUCUACCCCGGCCACAGUGAACCUUUGUCCGUGUCAAGCUCCCGCUGUUCAACAGCCACUGCGCUCUUGACUCGGUCGACGGCCUCCUCCUCCUCCUGAGGGACGAGGACACCGGCAUCCGCCUCGUCCACCCGUUCACCGGCGACAUCGCCGAGCUCCCACCACUCGCCACCCUGCUCGCGCAGCUAAAGAACGACCCAUCGGUCCCUCAUGGUUCUGAUCCUUACUGGCGGUGGUCCUUAAUCAGAUACUGCGUCUGUGCUACCGUGUCCUGCAGUGCCGGAGCCAUCACCGUGAUGCUCGUGUUCCGUCAUCUGCGACGUGUUAGCCUUUGCUACCUCCGAGGACCAAGCAACCAAACGUAUCAACUAGUAUUACAGAUCGAUUACACAUGGAUUGCAGUGAACUGAACCAAGUUUCAGCCGAGCCAAGGUAGAGUUGCUGAACGAGUCAUAUCACGACACAAUCUCAGACAGCAUUACAGAGACCAGACAACCACAGCAUAUAUCAACCAGAGACUGAUCAACAAGACGCAAAGCAGAGACAACCACAGCAUAUAUAAACCAAUAACACUGUGUCUUUGCAUUGUGUAGGCUGCCAUUCUAAUUGGAUAAUUCCUCCAUCACCGGUUGACUACCCAAUUAUGGGGCUUAACCUUCUGAGGAUGUUGGUCCAGAAUAGAAUUGCGGAGUUCCACACUGAGCUGGAGCCUCUGCCCACCAAAGCGCUGGAGAAUCCUUGCAUCAAGCACGCAGUUGAGCUCGAGCAGUCCCUUAUGGAGGGCGCCUACAACCACGUGCUGAGUGCUCGACAAGCUGUGCCGCAUGAAAGUUACGUAUACUUCAUGGACCUUCUAGCCAAAAGAGUAGUUAGAGACAAAAUAGCUGGGUGCAGCGAGAAGGGAUAUGAUUACUUGUCGAUAAGUAACGCGAAACAAAUGCUUAUGUUCAGCUCUGACGAAGAACCACAACAGUACAUCUCAGAGGAACACCCCGAGAGGGAUGUUAGGAAUGGCCGGGUCUUCUUCCAGAAGGCGAUGGAGUCUCAGCCCUGUAAGGAGACACCGGCGAUGCCCGCCAUGAACAAGACCCUUGGCUAUGCGAAGGAAUUCGAAAGGACAGUGUGAUUUGCUUUUUUAUUUCAUCUAGACUGUAAAUUGCCAUGAAGAGGUGGAUUAUUGGAUCGUCCUGUAA